GAAGGCCCUUGGGCUUUUAAAAAAAGCAAAACAAGAACAACGCAGGCUUAUUCCGAAACUAACGCGCAUGAUAACAUCUGUCUGAAGUGAACGUCUCACUUCGGCCCACCCCUUUUCCUGAGAGGACUACGCAUCCCAGCGCGCACCGCGCCACGUGGCGCACGUGACCAUCCCUCCGCCUCUGCUUGGCGUCCUGUUGCUGUUGCUCCUCCUCCUUCCCUACGCAAGGGGUUUGCUGUUGCUACACGUCUUACGAGCGUGCCCCUCGCGCAGGCGCAGUGCGGCGCUGUCGCUGUCUGAGGCGACCGUCGGGAGGAAGAGGAAGAAGAGGCGGCGGCGAGUGACGCGUUUCCCUGGAGACGGCGAUGCUCCCCUGCGAGGGGCCUGGCGGCGGCGGCGGCAACUUCAGCCUCGGGGCGGGCUGGCGGGAGAGCCGGGCGAGGCCCCCGCGGGGGGCAUGGCCAGAGGGGAGGAGCAGCAGCAGCAAGACGAGGAGGAGGAAGAGGAGGGUGGCCAUGGCGGCUGUGAGGCGAAGCACCCGCGGCGGCGGCGCAAGGCCCUCGGUGCCGCCCCCCUCUCCGCGCCCGGGCCUGCUUCCUCCUCGGCGACGUCGCCGCCUCCUGCCGCCGCACUGCGCUUCGGGCUGGUCCCGUGCGAGCUCCACGCGCGGCUGCUGGACCAGCAGGACUACCGGGGCCGGGUGGGCGCCAUGGAGCAGCUGAAGCGGGUGCUGGGCGAGGCCCCGCAGGGGGCCCUGGCGGCGCUGCCGGCGGCGAGCCUGCUGGGCCUGCUGAGCCUGCUGCGGGCGCUGCUGGACGACUCCAACUUCAAGGUCGCGCUGGGCGCGCUGGAGGGGCUGCGCCUGGUGGCCGCCCGCCUGGGCCCCGCCGUGGGCAGCCGCGCCCGUCUGGAGCCGCUGGUGGCGGCGGCGGCCAAGGUGCUGGGCGACGCCAAGCUGGCCAUCCGGCAGGAGUACCACCAGCUCUUCCUGGGGCUGAUGCGCGCCGCGGGGCCCCAGCCCGUGUUGGACCAGCUCCUGCGCCCAGAGCACCUGCAGCACCGCAACUCCCGCGUCCGCGAGGUGGUCCUGUCCAUCUGCGUCGCCGCCCUCCUCACCUUCCCCAGCGAGGACUUCGACCUGCCCAGACUGGUGGCCGCCCUGGCUCCCGCCCUGGCCGACAGCAAGCGCCGCGUCCGCCACGCCGCCCUGGAAGCCUUCGCCGUCCUGGCCUCGGCCCUAGGGUCUGCCCGCGCCAGCCUCAUCUUCAAGGCCGUCGAUGCCGUGGAGCUCCAGGACAACGGCGAGGGUGUGAUGGGCGCCGUCCAGGCCCGCCUGGCCAGGAAGACCCUUCCCAAGCUAACUGACCAGUGGUUUGUGGAGUACGCAGUGCCCCUGCCCUCCUCUUCCUCUCAUGGGAGCGGCUUCCACUUGCCCCAUGGCGCUGACACGGACUGGCUUCUGGAAGGCAACCGUAUCCAGAGUGCCCACAGCUACUCUGGAGAGCCUGCCAGCUCACUGGCACCCUUUGCUGACCAAGGGAUGUGCCUCCGCAGGGUCUUAAGUGCCGGAAAAGGAAAACUGCCGUGGGAGAGCGAGCCAGCAGGGAGCCAAGCCCACUUUGGAAAGGGGGCUGAGCCAAAGCUCUCGCCAUCAAAUGAUUUCCUUCAGUCUCCAAAACUGAGGCCUUCCCAAGGUGUGAUGGCCUCUCAUCAGCCUCAUAUUUCGGGGAAGGGCAGGCUGCUUGGUUUCUCUCACAUUCGUGGAAAGAGUGGCAGUGUGGAUUCUGAUCUACAGUUUCUAGGACUGAAUAAUCCCUGGCAAGAUAAAGUGUGUGCCAGCCUCAGUUUCACCAACAAGCCUCAGCGGACUUUUUGCAGCCCACCUGAGCAUGCACCACCUCUCCUGGGCUCCCAUGCCAGCCAAGGGGCUUUUAUCCUUCCAUCCUACCCAUUCUCAUCGUCCAGGCACAGUCCAAAGCACACAUCCCCUCCUGCAGAGUCGCUCAAGAAGUCACAAGAUCAUGCUGUCAACUUCUCGAAUUCCUGGCCUCUGAAGAGUUUUGAAGGGCUUCCAAAACCUAGUCAUCAGAAGACGUUUUCCAGCCCAGUGGCAGGAGGGGAUCCCGAGGCAAAGCUGCAGGACACGCCUCCGAUUCAGCUGAAACCUGCCUUUGUGAGAUCCCCAGCUUCCCGGAGAGGCCUGAGUGGGACAAAGCCAGUGCCUCCUAUCCCCAGAGGCAUUAGCCCCUCGCCUGAUAAAGUGGAAGCUAAUGUCAUAGGACACAAGAAUGGGGAGCCAGAAGACAUCUGGCUGAAUGACAGGGACAAGAAGCUGGCCCUUGACCUUUCGGAGUUAAACGUCAAUGAAAAGGAGCCGGAUGAGGAAGAGAUGCAGAGUUGUCUUCGUUCUCUACGCAACAGCGCAGCCAAGAAGAGGGCAAAGCUCAACGGCAGCACUUCUGACCUCGGAAGCCCAGACUCUGUGCUGAAACUGGACCUGACCUCGGAGUCGCCUUCUUACUUGUCUUCUCCAAGCACCAGUUCCUACAGUGAAAGUGGGGUUUAUAGCCAGGAGUCUGUAACGUCCCCGCUCUCCACAGUCCCUCAGGGAAUGAGAACCAUGUCAGAUAUCUUUCCGUUACUUGGAGGCAACUCCUGGCCAAUGAAGCUCUCCCCAGCACGGAGUCGAGGUCCUAUAAUCGUGGAGCAGAGUCCUAGCACAGGGAUAAUGUUUCAUGAAAAAGCAACUUCCAGCGUGAGUGUUAGCGGCCAGCGUCUGAGCUAUGGAAAUGGAUCUGGAGAUUAUGAUGAUAGACAGAAAGUUGUGUCACCUGCCACUCUCAAAGGGCAGGCCAAAGAGCACCAAAGGCAUUGUAAAGCCACAAAAGGAUUUGCAAGGCCCACUUCGAGUUUACAGCAGCUGACUAGUUUAGACUUUAUUUCACCGAGUGCCUUGUCAGAAGAUUCUGUAGUUAUUGUUGGAAAAGGAGUGUUUGGAAGCCCACCUUCAGCUCCAUUAACCUAUGGCCAGUCCACAAUAUUCUCCAUGGAGAAUGGAGACGCACCUUCAUUCAAGCAAAGUAUGGAGCCUCUUUCCGGGAUCUACGGGAGAGCUGUCCAGCAGCAGAGCUCUGCGCCUUAUUUUGGCAUGGAACAUGAAAGAGACGUGAAAGUUGCCUUAUCCAAAUCUGCCCGGGAGAAGAUGACGCAAAAAAAGAGAGAAGAGAAAGAAUAUCGGGAAGUUAGAGACCUGGAAAGAAAGGAUGCACACAGUUGGGAACUGCUUAAGCACAAUGAAUCUGAGAAGAUUACAACAGAAAGCAGAAAUGCUGCUUUCAGUCCUCUGUUGAAGAGGACAUCAAGUAUAAAAAGGACACAGCCUUCACUCUUGCUAGAAUCAGGUGAAAUCUCUCUGGGUCCACAAAUGCAGUUCAAAGAUCGGACGUUGUCUGUCACGCAUAGUCCAGAGAUAAUGGAACCAUCAGAAUUGAGACCCUUCCCCAAACCUGAAAUUGCUCUUUUGGAAGCAUUGCAGUAUCUUGCUGAUGAUGACUGGGAGAAGAAAAUUGAAGGACUGAACUGGAUUAGGUGCCUUUCUGCCUACAACCCCGAUGUGCUGACUGCAAAGCUGCAUGAGACCAGCCUGGCUGUUGUUCAGGAGGUGAAGAAUUUACGUUCUGUUGUUUCCCGGGCUGCAGUAGUUUGUUUAGGGGACUUGUUCAACUACCUGAAAAAGGGCAUGGAUCAAGAACUAGACAGCACAGUAAAAGUCCUUUUGCACAAGGCCGGGGAAUCAAACACAUUCAUAAGGGAGGAUGUUGACAAAGCGCUGAAGGCAAUGGUUAACAACGUGACUCCAGCCCGGGCUCUCUCUUCUCUGAUCAAUGGAGGCCAAAGCCACUUGAACACAGCGGUGAGGCGAUGUGCAGCCCAGCACUUGUCAGAUGUCGUGGAGCACAUGGGAGCAGGACGCACAUUAUCUGGCAUGAAGGAUGUGACUGACAGGAUUUUGUCUGCAGUAGCCAAAUUUGUCCAAGAUGGAUCACAAGAAACGAGGUACUAUGGCCGGAAGAUGCUCUUCACUUUGAUGACACAUGCAGACUUCGAUAAGAUGCUUGAAAAGUAUGUGCUGCCGAAGGACUUGCCUUAUGUUAAAGAGACUGUCAGCAGCCUGCGGCAGAAGGGGCUCGGAGAGAUGCCGAUAGUCACCCCCUCCGCCAAGGGAAGGCGUUCUCACGCCAGCAGCAUGGACCGUUCAAGAUCUGCCUCUGUGUCACGAGAAGCGCUCAGCCCCAGUGACAGAGAGAUUAGAGAAGUACGCGAAAUGUCCAGGAAAUUAGUUCCUCGUAACGCCUUGGAAAGUGCGGAAUAUGUGAAGGUCAUAACGACGUUACUGAAUGCAAAAGACUUCCGGGAUCGAAUUAAUGGAAUUAAGCAGCUGUUAGCAGACACAGAGAAUAACCAAGACCUUGUUGUUGCAAACAUUGUGAAGAUCUUUGAUGCCUUCAAGUCUCGCUUACAUGACUCCAACAGCAAGGUCAAUCAAGUUGCCCUGGAGACGAUGCACCGCUUGAUUCCUCUGUUGAAAGAGAAGCUGUCACCUGUUAUCAACAUGCUGAUUCCUGCCUUGGUUGACAACAACCUGAACUCCAAGAAUCCAGGCAUCUAUGCUGCUGCCACUAACGUCAUCCAAGCUCUUUCUCAACACUUGGACAACUAUCUGCUGCUUCAGCCAUUCUGCACAAAGGCUCAGUUUCUGAAUGGAAAAGCCAAACAAGACAUCACCGAAAAGCUUGCAGAGCUUGUUGUCGAGCUGUAUCCCCGCAAGCCGCAUGCUGUGGAGCAGAAGGUUUUGGUGGUUCUGUGGCAUCUAUUGAGCAACAUGACAAACAGCGGCUCCUUGCCUGGAGCUGGUGGAAAUAUUCGGACAGCCACCGCUAAAUUGUCAAAAGCACUUUUUGCACAAAUGGGUCCCAAUCUGUUGAUCCAAGCUGCAUCCCAGCCCCCGCACAUCAAAAGAACUUUGGAGGAAUUCCUUGACCAAGCUACCUGAAGCAGACUUAGCAGAUGCGUAUACGGAUACUACGGUGAUUAUAGGUUACUGAAAGACUGACAGCAAACUGUUUUACUUGGGGUUGAGUGGAGCAUUCUCUAGCUGCGUUUCUUCACCGUGCCUGUGCUUUUCAUAUGAAAGCAAAUUUGGAGUGAAUGCUUUUAAUUACCAGCCAUUGAAGACUUUGUUUCUUUUCCAGUACCAGUCCUAGGCUGAAACCAAAAUCAGUAUGAUGCUUGUGAGCGCUCUCCCCCCUGGUGCUGUGGAAUUGGGAUUGGAUGUCUACGAAAGCAAAAGUCAACUCGGCUUGUUUGCACUUUUCUUUAGACUCUGUGGCACAGUGCCCUGUGUGUCCUAACGAAGAUGAGAUUUUAAAAUAGGAAUAGUUUUAAUCAUGAAAUCAUGUUAUGACAUGUCUUCUCACGUAGCCUUAAGAGGAAGAAAAAAAUUUUUGAGAGACACAUAUGAAGAACAGGGUUCUGUGUAAAAAAUGUUUGUGGAACAAAAUGUAUUUUUAAAAUCAAUCCCACUCAUGAUUGUGCAGUGUUAGCUUGCUUUCGCUGCUGUUGAUGUAUUACAUCUGCUUGACAGUCAUGCAUCAUUAUCUGCACACUGUUGUAAAACUUUUAACAGGUUAUAAUGAAGCAUGUUGACCAACAUUUAUAGAAAAUGAAUAAUUUUUACAGAUUUUGAACAGCACAUGUCUUAAAAGAAAUGUCACGUGUUGAAUGUAGCUUCCAUGUUUUAGUGUGAAAAUAAUACUGAAUUUGUCUCUGUCCAAAAUUUAUAAAGGUGUUUUCUGCCCUGCUGUGCAAUUCUCAGCGAUAUAGUGCCAGUUCUUCUGCUCUCAAAAUUUGACAUCUAUAAGUACUGUAUUCAUUUGAAACAAAAAAAGUUAUAAAAAUAAA